GUCAAUGUCACGUCAUCUCCAUUCUUUUCAAUAUUCGUUCGUGUUUAUUUGGUUUGAGGUUUCGAAGUUCAAUAAUUUCAAUUAAUUUUAAUAAUAAUUUAUGAAAAAUUAUAAGAAUAAGUACAAAAUAACACCUAAUGAUGGGCAAUGAGAGCUCACAGCUAAGUGGACUUGAAAUUGAAGAAAAAGCUGUAGAGAUAACAGAUUUUUGGUGCCACUAUCAGGCCAAAAUAAACGAUAGCUGCAGAUAUUUCAGUUUAAAAUCAGAUGGAUCAGUAUCUGUAUUUAAAGGCGAAGCCGCGGCAGGUCCCCUAUGGGCCAUAUCAACACCAUUGGAAAAAUUCUCUAACAAUCUUCUAAAAUACCGACAUCCUUGUAUCGUUCGUUACAUAUCGGCGUGGCAGCAGCGUUCAACACUGCACUUAGCAACUGAAUAUGUUCAGCCACUUUCGCAAGUGUUAAACUCACUGACACCCCUUCAGAUAUGUAUUGGCCUCAACAACAUUUUACGAGCUUUGGUGUUUUUACAUGAACAGGCUGGGAUGUCCCACAAUAAUGUCAGUAUAUCAGCAAUAUAUGUGACAGGAGAUGGUCAGUGGAAAUUAGGAGGACUGCAAUACUUAUGCCCAUUUACAGAGCUAACAUCUGCAUACUUAAAACAUGCUCGGCUACAUAGAUAUGACAAGGCAGUGGAUCCCAAUGAAGAUUCUUAUGAGAUAACAACAAAGGUGGAUCAAUACAGUUUUGCUGUUUUGGUUGAUGAUGUGUUCAAAGGCAAAAAUAAUGAUGAAGUCCCCUAUUUGAAAGAAUUUAAAUCAUUUUGUAGAGACACACUGCAACAUCAAAACCCGGCAAAGAGAACAAAUUUAUCAGAGGUUCUUCAGCACAAUUUUUUCAAUCAUGAGUUUAUAACAAUAUACAAGUUUCUCAGUUUUCUUCCACUUAAAAGUGAAGAGGAAAAAGCAGACUUUUUCUCACACAUUUUGGACACUCUGAAAUGUUAUGAUGAGGAAACAGUUGCCAAGCAAUUGAGUGGAUUGCUACUUUCUAGAUUGGCUAUGUUAGAUCAAACUGCAAGGAAGGAUGUUAUACCUUUCAUCCUUAAACCAAAAAAUGAUAGAGUACAAAAUGGCGAAAAUUCUGGAUUUUUUAACCUUACUGUUUUUAAGGGGCAUGUAAAGCCCAGACUUAUGCAAUUAUUUGGAGUGAGAGAUUCACAAAUCAGAAUGUUGUUGUUAACGCAUUUCUCAAAGUUUGUACAAGUUUUUACACAUGAAGAGCUUUCACAUCACAUCCUGCCAGAGUUACUAUUGGGAAUAAAGGACAUAGAUGACACUUUGGUUGCAUCGACUUUAGUAUGUCUUAGUGAAUUAGUUCCCAUACUCGGCGCUGAUACCGUCAUAGGUGGCAAAAGAUCAAAAUUAUUCACUGAUGGAAGACCAAAUCCUAAGACUAAACUGCCAAUAUCACAACUGACAAGGUCACCAGAAAGGAAAAAAUCAUUAAGAGAUUUACCAUGCUCUGAGGAUGUGUUUGAACAUAGUGAAUUGAAUACUUUUGACAAUCCUUUGAUUUUGAAUGAAAGGCCGUCUCCUGUUGGUGGGGAGUCUAUGGAAGAUGAAAUCAUAACCAAGGAAUCAAGCACUAGCAAGGUAGACAGUGAAGCUGACUGGAGUGACUGGGAGAAUACAAAUCGACAGUUGACAGUAAUAGAACCUGAUUCUACUAUUAGUCCACCUUUAAAUGAUGAGCAGUUGAUACAACUUGAACCAGCAGCAGCAGAUCCGCUGCUUAAAAAUGACUUUAUUCCUAAGGAAGAUCUAAUUGCAAAGAAAACACUUUUACAAAAAGCAGCACUUAACGCCAAGAAAAACAUUCUAGAUAUAUCGGAAUUAGACAUAAAAAACCAAAAAUCGGAUUAUUUUAAAAAGAACACAGACGAAUUUGAUUUCUUCGCCGAUAUGAUGCCAGUAAUUGAAAAGCCUGCAGUUGUAAGUGUUGACACAAGUGAGAUUGCUCAAGGACUUAGUAGUAAAUUAAAUUUUGUGCCUGACGAAAAUCUUGAUGAAAGUGAAGGUUGGGGUGAAAACUGGAAUGAUUGAAGGUUGUUUAAUAGAAAAUCAGGUUGUAAUUUAUUACUAUUAGAAUAAAACACACUCAUUUUUGGAGUAUAAUAAUUUAUAGCAAAUAUCUAUAUAAGCUAUUUAUUUUAAUACAACAGUGUAAAACAUAAGUUACUUUAAGAUGUCGCCGAUAAUAUACGUACUAUAUAUAACUACACUCUUAUUGCACAUUAUCACAAAUUAUAUAAAAGCCUGGAAUUGUUUGUAUUUACUGAAUUAUUGCAAGUUAGCCAAAAAUGACUUAAAAAUAUACUUCACAUUAAAAAAAAUCAGCUUGUUCAUCUUAUAUUUAAGGAACCAGGCAAGAAUGAAUACCUAGCACUGCACAUUAAUUAUUGAUCAAAUUAUACCAUAGACGCUUUCUUUGAAUAAAUGUAAAACGAUAAAAUAUAAUGAAAGCUGUGCUCAUGUAUAAGUAACUUCUUCUUUUCUUAAAUAUGGCUCAACAGUUUUAUUAGUGAUUUUGCUAAUAUCCACUGGGUAAUGUGUAUGUUAAAAAGAACUUAAUUACAUAGAUUAAUACCGUUUCGAUCCGAAGUGAACUAAAGUAUUUGGCUACUCGCAACAAUGCUGAGUAUAGUCGUAAAUAUCAUUAAAUUUAAUAAGGAUGUUUGGGCGGCUCGGAUUCGGUGAUUGAAUGUUAACUGAUAUAACUAGCUAACUCCUGCAAGAAACCUGAAACAUUUUACUCCUGUCCCGUUAUCGUAUAUGGUGUAGAUUUAGAGCGUAGUGAAGAUAGUUUUAUUAAUGAUUAAUGAUGCAUCGACCACUCGUGCUAUAACAUGCUCUUUUUUCUUCCGCAUGUGUGUAUUUGUCUUGCGUCGCUCCGAAUGUUUCAUAAUAAUUUAAUUCCUUUGAAAAAUUCUAUCAAUUAAUAGGUCAAACUAUAUUAAGGUAUUCUGUUAUUUGAAUUUCAAUUAACGCUUUGUUUGGGGGAGUGGCAUAAUGUGUUGUUUAAUAUCCUCGCUCCGAUGCAGGGACAUGAAGAAAACAACUAAAAAUCAUAUGUGAUAUUAGUUAUUUAUCAAAAUUUUCAUCUCUUGGUUUCUUUCUGUCAGUUCUUUCGGCUUUGGUUGACACUGAGCUUUUGUUACAUACAUACUCGUACAUAAUAUUCCGAAUUUCCCAUGCUAUUUUUUUUUCAGGUAUUUCAUACACCUUUAUAUUCGCAAUCUCAUAAUAAAAGAAACCUAUCUUGAUAUAUAUACUACCAUGCAAUAUAUAAACACAACCAAAAAAUAUAUAAAACAUUCCUUAGUUUGGCUUGGCCAAAUAAAUAUCAACCAUGUGAAACAUAAUAUCAGUAUUAACACUAUAAUAUAUAGCAUAUAAUUUAUAGAGAAUUGCUCGGUCUCGACUAAAACGUAGAUAACCUGCCCACUAAAAACAUUGUUAUACAGAAAAUAUUAAAGUUUAAUACUAAAAUAAAUUUAACAGGAAAUUAAAAAAAAGACGUUUAAAGCGGUGCCCUCAGCAAAAUGGUGCGCUAACUGUAUUUUAAGAAGCUAUAUAUUUGAAUUUAUACAACAUGUAGAAAAGUAAAUUAAACAUAAUAUUUCUACAAUAUGUUAUCUUUACUUUGGUUGGUUCAAAUGUUUUAUAUGGAUGUUUCAUUAAUUGCAUAACAAAAAUGCAACUAAAAUUAUUCCCUCCAUGUAUCUCCUAAAGCACACAUGAUAUUAUUAAUUUACAAAUUAACACUAUUAGAGAGACAAUUUAAUAUAGAACAUUUUGGUAGGUUAAAGUUUUCAAAAUAAACUAGUGUUUAAAGUUUUUCACACAUCGGCAUAAUCUCGCUCGUAAAUUUAUGGAACCAAUACGCACGGCCGUUUGCUCGGGGAGGGCGUUAAGCAUAACUACGUAUACCGACCUUUACGCCUGUUACGCUGAGCGAAAAUCACUGGUUUUAUUUUGUUUUUCAAAUAUCACAAUAAAUUAUUAUUCAAAAUUACAAUUAUAUUUAAAAAAGCUAUUGAGAAAGUAAUAUUCAUUGUUAUUAUUUUAGGAACAAUACAAACUGAGUAGUGGCAAAUAUUUUACUUGUUUAUAUGGCAUGACAAAUAAAUAAACCGAAUUCCUACAGUAAACAAAUAAUUAUUUAUGUUCUUGUUUGUGUUUUGCAGGGAAGCCCUAAAAAAAGUAGCCAUACCUUUUAUUAUUUUUUUUUAUCAAAUAAUCUUUUUCCCUAUCUAUAACAUAACCAGUUUAUCAAUUGAAAUAAAAUUUUGUAUCAUUACUAGGGUAUGAGAACACUGUAUAAGGAACAGUAAUGAAAUAUGUUGAGUUAGGAAGAAGUAUGACGGUAAUUGGUGAUAAGCGGAAAGGCAUAUAGGCGGGAGACAAAAAAUUCCAAUAACCUCAGGGAGUAAGGAGUAAGGACACGUUCAAUAGAAUGUCCCCGCUUUAUGUGGCAUACCAAACACGACACGCGCGUCCGUAUCGUUUGAUUGUGAUUGGUCGAGGAACCUACGUCAUAUAGUGGUAUUUCGAUCUGUUAUAUUCAAACGACAUGGAGAUUCAUGUUCUAUUUCAUGCUACAUUUUUAUUUUUUCGAGCGGUCUCAACGAAAUCGUAGUAGGCGUACUUUAGCUCAAUUUUUCUCAUAAGUAAAGUAGGUUGAAAUAUUUGACUUCGAAUAGUUUCUCGAGAGCAAGCAGAAUCAAACGAGCAAAGCACGUUCCCCGUGCGCCGCACUAGCGAAAGUUUAAAUUAUGAAUUUCCUCAUUUUAGUGAAGUAUUUUGAUAAGGCUCAUUUUAUUUUGUUAUUGGGUAUUAAGAUAUAUUUCAUUGUCAAAGUAUAACUUACUCUAUUAUUGUUCAGAAUUGAUGUAUUUAAACAUAACCAAUUUUUGUACAUAUGGUAGAAUGUAACUAACUUGGCGCAUUGAUAAUUUCCAGCGAAUUAUGUAAACAAAAAUAUACAAACUUAAAUUAAAAUUAAUACGACGUCAAUAACGUAUCAAUAUAGUAAGAUUGUAAAUAUAGUAGACCAGUAAUAUACAAGGAAGCAGUGGCGAAGGGUGAAAAUUUUCAAAAGGUAA